AUGAAGGAUGAGCAUUGUGCCUUUCAGCCGGCAGUGGGUGGACUUGUCAAAUUGUACGAGUCCUACGAGAGGUUGGCAGGUUGCGAUGUGAUACGACGGCAAAAGUGGCACAUGAUGGCGACCGCCCCAGACUACAAGAACAUCCCCCACUCUCACCGCCUGCCCGUCACCCAUCGUGAAGUCCAGCGCACCUUUACGAAGCUCUCGCGCCAAUCCCUGGCAUCCCUCGCCCAGCAAUGGCUCAGCAAAAAGAACCGCGACUUCUGCAAGCCCUACUUAUUGGCCGAUCGCCGUGGUCAUGGAGAGGAAGAAGAGGACGAAGAAGAGGACGAGGAGUUGUAUGCGCCAGCGCAGAGCUACGAGGCACUACAGGAGAUAUACAAAGAACUGGCUGCACGCAAGGGUGGCCGAAAAGAGAUUCUUGAUCGCAUAUUGCAGGGCGACUGGAGGACGGGCAUAUCCAUGUACCAGCUUGCAACCGCAGAGAUCCAAUACCUUCUCGAUCACCCAAACGCAUUGCGAUGGACUGCGAAGCGCCUGACCCGUAUACCCAACUCGCGGUCUGCCGUUGCCGAUAUGGAAGUCACAAACGACUAUGACCACCUACCGCGAUUCCAGGCACAAACCUUCAUGUCAAAUCUAGUGCGCGAGUUGACACCGCUCAUGAAGGCGCAUUACCUCAUCACACGAAUCAAGGCCACACCUAUGACCAUACUACGCGUGUACAUACACGACUCGCCAUAUAGCAACGAAGCAUCACUAGCAGUCGAGUCAAAUAGCACAGACAGUGCCAAAGCCGUCUUCUUCAUCUGGCCAAAUGGAUCUCCUUUUGUGUACUCUUCGCUAGCAACACUUACAGGGCAAGUGGUGGGUGAUGAGGGAAGACACCUGCGAGAUAUCGUGCAACAGGCUAUACCCAAAGCUUUCUCUCGGCCGUCAGCUCGGUACCAACUCACUACUACAAACUUCACAACCAAAUCGCUUGAUGCCCUCUUGACCUACAGAGGGUCUGGUAAGAGCAAUGCAGCAACAGGAGGCUGGAGCAUUUUCCAAGACCACAGCUUCAGUCAAAACGCGCUCGACUUCAUCACUACGCAAAAAGCCAACGAGAAGGAGAAAAAUGCGACGAGUAAGAGUGCCACGCAUGAUACAAAACCAGGACCCGGUCGAGCCAAGCGGCCAUUGGAUGACAAGGAAUCCUCAGAAGCUAAACGACGCAAAGAAGUAGCGGCCGGGCGUUUUGGGAACUCUGGGAAACCAAAUGACGGUCAGGGUUUAGAACGGGUAGAAGUCCGCAUAGACGAUCCGUUCCCAUCUGCCCUUAAUAACAAAAGCUUUGCUCACAUUGACGGCAAUACAUCGAAUCAAGAUGCGCAGACCUCGAAUCGUUCCCGUCGUGGCAGGCCCUCUCUUCUGGACAGGACUGCUGAGGACCUUGAGGAAAUUCAAAAUGAAGAAGGCUGGGUGCCCAGCGUGCGUGUCACGUUCCAGGGUACGCAUGUAUUUGCUGGCAUACGGCAAUUGGUGGAAGAAGGCAUUGUAGAUGGUGAGAAGAUGCCCGGUUGGAUGACGGGCGAAGCUGGUGUGACUAUAGGGUCGAUACGAGAAGGGAGGAUACGGACAAAGGACGGUGUUCCUGGGACAUAG